CUUUCUUUUUCACAGCCUUACUUUAUUCUUUGAUCGCUCACUCCCUCUCUCUCCCCCUCUAAAAAGAGACUGAUCCCCGAUAUCCCCUUCCUCGUCUUCUCAUAUUCCAUUCAUCCACAGCAUCCCCGCCAGCUCCCUUAAACCUCUUAUUCCACAUUCACCACGAUAUCCCAUUACAUGAACUCAUUGCCAAGGGAGAAUUAGAAGAAUUCAGAGAGAUCAAGAGAAAGAGAUGAAUCCUUCAACUGAGUUCAGCAUAGAGGGCAAGCCCUGCAGCUUCUCCUUCCUCCUCAAGUCGCUGGGUGAGGAGUUGGACAAGACCCACAAGCUCCAAGAGUUCAUCAGCCGCCUGGAAGAGGAACGCCUCAAGAUCGACGCCUUCAAACGUGAACUCCCGCUCUGCAUGCAACUCCUCAACGAUGCCAUGGAAGCUUCCAGGCAGCAAUUAGCAGCCGGCAGUCAGGCGAAUCACAACCCCAUGCCCGUUCUUGAGGAAUUCAUACCUCUUAAGCAUCAGGAGACGUCAGAAAGAAGCCUCAACUGUACUGUUGAUGCAACCACCGCAACGGCGGCCGGCACCGGAAGUUGGAUGGCGACGACGCAGAUAUGGAGUCAAUCCAAUGAUGGCAGCAAGAACCAAGGUCCUGCAGUUUCGAUGGAGCCCGAGCAUGGUCUGGUCGGAAGCUCUAAGCUGGCUUUGGACGUUAAACAGAGAGUCGGUGGCGCGUUUCUUCCUUUCUCCAAGGAAAGGAACGGUGCAACUCAGCAGGGUUUGAGAUCCCAGCUGCCUGAUCUGGAGCUUGCUCCCAGCGACAAGAACGGAGACGAGACCAAGCGGCCGGAGACGGUGGAGUUGGCAGUUCCAAUCUCUAGAAUCAAGGCUAAUGAUCAAAGCAGUGCAAGUCAAGGCAAUUGCAACGGAGGCGGCGGUGUGGUGGGUGGAGCAACAGAAAAGAUCAGCGGAAAUGAGGUGCAAGCAGCAGGAGGGGGGCAGACUCACAGGAAACCCAGGAGAUGUUGGUCGCCUGAUCUACACCGGCGGUUUGUGAACGCUUUGCAGCAGUUAGGUGGUUCUCACGCGGCGACACCCAAGCAGAUACGUGAACUGAUGAAAGUUGACGGAUUAACCAAUGACGAAGUUAAAAGCCACCUACAGAAGUACAGGCUUCACACACGAAGGCCGAGCCCCACUCCACAGGCAGUGACAACCCCUGCAACUCAGCUGGUUGUUCUGGGUGGUAUUUGGGUCCAGCCAGAGUACACAACAGCAGCCCACACCGCUGCAACCGGCAUAUACAGUGCCACCAUAGCAGCGGCGGCAGCAGCACAAUCAGCGCCGCCGACGACGCAGCCACUGCCACCAACUCACUACUGCCAUCCCUCCCCUCUACCUCAGGACUUCUGUACUCAACUAAGCACUCCUCCACACCACCAGCUCCGCCACGUCUACUGCGACCAGCAGUUGACUGCUAACCACAAUGGCAAUGCUGGUGACAAGGACAAGAACGACAACAGUAACAGCGGUAGCGACGACAAUAACAAUAAGACUUCUUCGAAUUCCCGGAGCUCGCCGCGGUCGAGCACUGCCGGCGAGCGAUCCCAGAGCGUCGAGGAAGAAGGCAGGUCGGAGAGCGGGAGCUGGAGAGGGGAGAGCACCGAGAAUGAGGGGGGCAGAUCGAUGGGAAGAGCUUUGUCUUUGAAGAGGAGGACCACGUUGAGGAGCGAAGAGGAGGAAGAUGGUGAGGAAAGCACCGGAAGCGACAUCACCCUUAAGUUCUAGGAUUUUCUCGAAAUAUCAUUGAGUUGCCUGAUUACGUUUGAGGUGUUGCAGUUUUCCAGA